AUGUCCAAGAAGCGCGCCGCUGGCGGCGUAGAUCAGGUGGUCAAGAUUCUUGUGGGAGCUGGCCAGGCGAGCCCAAGUCCUCCCGUUGGCCCGGCACUCGGUAGCAAGGGUGUUAAGUCGAUGGAUUUCUGCAAGGAGUUCAAUGCUCGUACCCAGCACAUCAUCGCCGGCACACCAACGCCAGUCCGCGUGACGGUCCGACCGGAUAGGACAUUCCACUUCGAGAUCCGGACACCGCAAACUUCAUGGCUUCUCAUGAACGCCGCCGAACUUCCGCUAGGGAAGAAGGGCCAAAGGAGAGGCGCAAGCAACCCGGGAAAAGAAACCGUAGGGACGGUCAGUCUCAAGCACAUUUACGAAAUUGCAAAGAUCAAGCAAUCCGAGCUUCGUCUCUCCGGUCUAGCGCUGGAGGGGCUUUGCCGGGCUGUCAUUUGGCAGGCAAAGUCCAUCGGGAUUGCUGUGGUUCCGUAA